AUGCCCGAAAUUAUCAUCUUUUGGAGGGCAGACAUCGCUGUCUGUUGCUUUUCGCCACUUGCUGCAGAACUGGUCAACCCCACCGUGUACUUCAACAUCACGGCUGAUGGAGAGCCCUUGGGCCACGUCUCCUUCGAGCUGUUUGCAGACAACGUUCCAAAGACAGCAGAAAACUUUCAUGCUCUGAGCACUGGGGAGAAAGGAUUUGGCUAUAAGGCUUCCUCCUUUCACAGAAUUAUUCCAGGAUUCAUGUGUCAGGGUGGUAACGUCACAUGCCAUAAUGGCGCUGGCGGCAGGUCCAUCUACAGAGAGAAAUUUGAGGGUGAGGACGUCAUCCUGAAGCAUACAGGUCCUGGCAUCUUGUCCAUGGCAAAUGAUGAACCUAACACAAGUGGUUCCCAGUUUUUUAUCUGCACUGCCAAGACUGAGUGGCUCGGUGGCAAGGGUGUGGUCUUUGAGAAGGCGAAAGACGGCAUGAACAUUGUGGAAGCCAUGGAGCGUUUUGGGUCCCGGAAUGGCAAGACCAGCAAGCAGAUCACCAUUUCCGGCUGUGGACAAUGCUAA